UGAAAUCGAAAUAUCGAAUCCGUCGAGUGAGCGCUUUUAGCUUCGAGGCUUAGAAACAGGUUCGGAGUGACAUCCCGAGCAGCCGCAAGUCCGUCCGCCGCGCAACCGCGCGCAGUCCUCCGCCAGUCGCUAUUGCGCAUGCGCGUGCACACAGAUCUUGCAUGCGACGUGACGCGGAUUGGCGCGAACUCGUUUAAUUGCCGGCUUGUGACAACAUAUGAUUUAAGAGUGCUUCAUUAUUUUUCGUUUACAUGACAGCAACGUAAAACAUAACAAUUGUGUUGGUGCUUGUGUGGACAGAUAGCUUCUGUCUGAUAUGCUGUGGAGAGGACCGACUGUUUAGCUGAUCGCAGCUAUGGCUAGUUUCGAGGACCUGUCUUUUGAUUGGGCUUCGCUCUGUCAGGAGUGCCCCGAAUGCUGGACACCUUCAGAUUUGCAGCUGGCAGCUGAACUCGGGAAGACUCUCCUGGAGAGGAACAAAGAGUUGGAGACGGCGUUGCGGCAACACCAAAAUGUCAUCGAAGAUCAAGCGCAGGAAAUUGAGUACUUAACAAAACAAACUGUUGCGUUGCGGGAAGUGAACGAUUCAAGACUGAGGAUAUACGAGCAGCUGGAGGUGAGCAUCCAGGACCUGGAACGUGCCAACCACCGACUCGCCGUCGAUCAUGCCGCAGACAAGAAGCACAUCAAAACUUUAUGCUCAAACAUCGAGACAUUGGAGGGGAGAUGCGAAGAACUUCAAAAGACUGUGGACGACCUGAACGCUCAACUAGAGAUCGUCAGACGAAGAGCUGAACGUAAGCCAGAGAGCGGCGAGAAACCUAAAGAGAAGGUUCCUAAACCAUUGGAACAAUCCACGCCAGACUCUAAGAAGCCCAUUUCAAACAGCACACCAAUUAAGACCGUGGCACCUCUACCGGAGCUCACGAAGGAAGAUGAGGAUUUACUCAGAUUGAGCGAUGAAUUGAGAGAAAAUAAAGUAGCGUUCGCACAAGAACAACGGCGAGUGACGGAACUGGAAGAACAGCUGGCUUCCAUGGUGCAGGAGAACAACAGAUUGCAAGAUCAGCUAAGGAAUUGGCAUCAAAGAGACGAUGAGCCAAAGUCGAUGCACGAGGAGUUUGCUAUCCUUGAGGAAGUGAGACAAGGACAGCUUUGCAUCAGAUGUCUACGAGGCGUCGAAAGGGGCGAUGAUAUGUCGUCCAUAUUAGACGGUGAUGAUGAUGACAGGAGUGCGAUCAGCUCGCUCAUCCUCACACCAUCAGGACAAGAUAGUCCCCGAGAGGAUCACGUCACCAGCAAACUCGUCAAAUUCGAUAAUGCUAAGGAAAAAUUGCUCCAAGGUAUUUGGGCCAAUAAGGAUGACGGCCAAGAGAAUCCUUACAGGGAGCUGGUUCAGAAAUACGAAGCUCUUUUGGAAGUUCAGUUGUCACAGGUGAAGAACAAUAGGAAAAACAAAGACAGCUCGCUGCCCGCACAAAAUCAAUCCGGCCCUCUCUCGCUACAAGAUGAGCUGCAGACCUCCGGCGACUACAGCCAGUUCAACGUCAAAGAUACCGAUGAAGAGAGCGGCCACGGAGGAAGCGAAGAAGCCCACAAGGAUAACCAAACUAAGAAAACUGAAUCAACUUCUCGCAAGAAGAUCAUCCAAACGCCAGACUUCUCCGAAGCGGAAACAUCAAGCUCCGGAUUCUCCGACGAAACAAGCAACAAAGCAACACAAACUGAGCGAGAAAGGCCAGGCUCCUUCCUUUGCACAAUCGCAGACGGCGAGCAUUACAGAUUUAGCAUUUACGACGAUGUCAGCCCGAUGGACAGUCGCUUCCGCAACCGACCGGAAUAUCGCGAAUUGUUCAAAGAAAUUUUCACUAUUCUCAAAAAGGCCGCUGAAAACAAAGACGAAGGAGAGAGGCUGCCCCUUCUCGAUGAUACUACAGCUGGUAAAGUGCCUCCAGUAACCCCCGCCACGGAGGAGCCACCCGGCAACUUCACAGAUGAUACUCAAAGCGUACUGUCUUCAGUCAUGUCUGAACAAUCUCUCCCAGUAUCCGAUAUAACCGCGCCGGAAACGCCAACCUUGAAAGAAAUGGAGGUACCACUUCCAGAACCCGUUAAGGAAAAGAAACCUGAAAAGAAAAAGGAAACUAAGCCGACCCAAGUAGAGGCCACCGAUGAAAAAGUUAAAAAGAAGGGUGCAAAGAGUAAUGAAAAAGAAGUAAAGACUCCCAAUAUUUCUACUGAGAAAGAAGAGGAAAAAGAAAAAGAAAACGAUAAAGAGCGCGUACUAACUCCGCUCGUUCGUCAACCGCUGGAGUACAUCGCGGCCACUCGGAAGAAGUCACGUCACCGCAACCGCAAACACAGCCAAGACCGGCAGGGCGCGGACUCGCCGGUCUUCCCGUCACCACCUAAGAUCACCUACCAGAAGCAGUCGAACAAGAAGAGGCGAGACUACAGGCCGAUCGAGGCCAGCCCGCUGGUGAGAGUCAACGAAAUGGAAUGGAAUGGAAAUACGAUGCAGUUCUACAACCGCAACAUGCAUUCUCCCUCUUCGAGCGUCAGCGGUCGCACCGGAAAGAUCUAUCAGGGAUGGAACUCGGAGACCGAUUCCUGGGACAUCAAGCAGAGCACCGCCUCGCAGGAGAUACACAAGUUGAGGAAACUCGAGCUAUCCUACGCUGAAGUACUCAGGAACGCGGACAAAACAAAGAACAGGCGUAAGAAGCAUCAGUAAACUACAAACUAAAGAUAAAGACUCCCUUCUGCAAACUGCAGGAGCCGAGUGAUCCAAUCGCCAUUUGUCUUUGCCAACUGGACGCAUUUAGUUUAAGAGUUUUUGUGAUCUGCUAGUGUUACACAUAAGUUUUACUUAACCUAACAAUCAUGAAAUUGCCAUAAGUAAAGUGUAGUCGGUACACAUACAAUAGAACUAUAUUAAAUCAUAACUACAUUCAUAUAAUACAAUAGAAGAAAUAGCCAGAGAUUUAAAUACGUAAAUAAGCUCUAAAUACGAUAUCAAGCUGGUUAUGAUAAAGUAUAUGGAAAUAAUGGUUGCAAAAUAUUUUAAAUUUAUGUAGAGACGAGCAUUUAAAAUCACGUGAUUAUUUUAUUUAUCUAAUAUUA